GUCUGCGGGCUGCUACUGUCGGAAGAGCACCACUACAGCCAGUGUGGUAGAUGAGCUCUUAAGUGUCUCAGUGCCGUGGAGAACGCAUCGGAGAAGCCCUAGCUACUUAUAAAAGCUGUUUUGUAAUAAGGACGUCGAAACGUACGAAAUCACAACAAGAUGGCGACUCCUAUGCCGCUUUGUCAUUGAUCAGCUGUGAAUCGAUGAAAUACUGAACGCCGAUGUUGACUGUGUUCCGCAAUAAUCAAGACCACAUAGACUCAACGAGUCCGCGAUUUUCGGAGAUGCGCGGCAAAAGGCAGGCCGAGUGGUCUCCAUCUCCCCACGAACGAGACCCCAACCCGAAAAACGCUCGUCUGGUAGAAGAUUUCGACUCGACCGAGGAUAGGGAUACCGAGGAAACUACUACCGAAGAUGCGGAAAUAUGUCUGAGGGACGCUCUGGAGAACUGCCGGCAUUUUCUCGCUUUCCGAACGCCCCAGCGGGUCGGACGAGAUUUCUUCGACGUGGGAUGUGUGCAAUUGGCUCGCAAGCUUUUAGGGAACCACUUGGUGCGCCGACUGAAAGACGGACGUAUACUCCGGGCGAAAAUCGUCGAGACCGAAUCUUACUUAGGAGGCCAAGAUAAGGCGAGUCACAGUUUCAACAACCGAAGGACAGAACGCAACGAGCCGAUGUACAUGGAACCGGGCACGGCGUAUGUUUAUCUCACCUACGGGAUGUAUUACUGUUUCAACAUUUCCUCAAGAGGCGAAGGAGCUGCCGUACUUCUACGAUCGGCGAAACCGCUUAGUGGAGUCGAGGAUAUCCGAGGACUUCGUGGCGUCAAACUAAAGGACGGGGGUAGGAAACUGCGUCUGGCACAAUUACUCAACGGACCUUCGAAACUCUGUACGGGAAUGGCUAUCUGCAAAGAUGCGAUGAACAAGGAAUUCGUUCCCAGCAGUGAAUUGCUGUGGAUCGAGUACAGUCAAGACGCUGCUCCUGCGGAGCACCACAUCGUCACGUCGAGUCGUAUCGGGGUCGAAUCCGUACCAAGAGAAUGGGCGUGUCAGCCUCUGCGAUUUUAUCUCUUGGAAGAUGCGACCUUCGUUAGCGUGCGGGAUCGAGCUGCCGAAAAGGCCUUGUGAUAUUUCCUCGGAUCCCCGCCGGCAUCGUCAUAAUCAAUAUCAAUAUCGAUGAUGAACGUGGAGAUCUCCCUCUAGCGACACAGCAGCUGGAGCGUCGAUGGUCGUCUCGACACCCCUACUCGCAGCUCCUCGAACAGGGUUCGGUACUUUUCUUCCCGGCGUACAACAAUUGAUACUGCUCGUUUACUCUUCAA